AUGGCUCCAAUGGCUCAAAUUCCCGAUGGCCCCGUCUCGGAGGGCACCUAUGGAUUCGUUUACGGAGUGUCAGGACCUGUGGUGACAGCCGAAAAGAUGGCAGGAUCGGCGAUGUACGAGCUGGUCCGUGUCGGUCACUCCGAACUGGUAGGCGAGAUCAUUCGUUUGGAAGGCGAUUUUGCAACGAUUCAAGUUUACGAAGAGACUUCAUCCGUUACGAUUGGCGACCCUGUACUUCGAACCGGAAAACCGCUGUCUGUCGAACUCGGCCCUGGAAUCAUGGGUGCGAUUUUUGACGGAAUUCAACGUCCUUUGAAAGAAAUCGCCGAUAUGACAAAGUCAAUUUACAUUCCGAAAGGAGUGUCAACUCGAGCGUUGUCUCGUGAUAAUCGAUGGGACUACACUGCAAACAAAGAAAUUACUGUCGGAUCCCAUGUGACUGGAGGUGAUGUGAUCGGAUCUGUACAAGAAAAUCUACUGAUUAAGCACAAGAUAAUGAUCCCACCAAACUCCUGCGGUACCGUUACUUACGUCGCCCCGUCUGGUCAAUAUACUAUCGAAGAUGUGCUGCUAGAGCUGGAGUUUGAAGGUAACAAAGAAAAGCUAACGAUGCUUCAGAUCUGGCCCGUACGAAAACCCCGUCCAUGCGCUGAGAAGCUUGCUGCCAACUUCCCCCUGCUGUGCGGUCAAAGAGUGCUGGAUGCUCUUUUCCCAUGUGUACAAGGAGGAACCACGGCAAUCCCCGGCGCUUUCGGUUGUGGAAAGACUGUGAUCUCUCAGUCCUUGUCCAAAUUUUCUAACUCUGACGCCAUCAUAUACGUAGGAUGCGGAGAAAGAGGCAACGAAAUGUCUGAGGUAUUGCGUGAUUUUCCUGAGCUGACUAUGGAAGUCGAAGGAGUCACAACUUCAAUCAUGAAGCGAACAGCCCUGGUGGCGAACACUUCCAACAUGCCUGUAGCCGCUCGAGAGGCUUCCAUUUACACAGGAAUCACUUUAGCCGAGUACUUCCGUGACAUGGGUUUGCACGUUGCCAUGAUGGCUGACUCAACGUCCCGAUGGGCUGAGGCACUUCGUGAGAUUUCCGGUCGACUGGGUGAAAUGCCUGCCGAUUCAGGAUACCCGGCUUACUUGGCUGCUCGACUAGCUUCCUUCUAUGAACGUGCUGGCAAGGUGAAAUGUCUCGGCAGUCCCGAACGUGAAGGAUCGGUAACAAUUGUGGGAGCUGUGUCGCCUCCUGGUGGUGACUUCGCAGAUCCGGUUACUUCCGCUACCCUAGGUAUCGUGCAGGUGUUCUGGGGUUUGGAUAAGAAGUUGGCUCAACGAAAGCAUUUCCCUUCAAUCAACUGGUUGAUCUCCUACAGCAAGUAUAUGCGAGCUUUGGAAGAGUACUACGAGAAGACAUUUCCUGAAUUCGUGGCACUGCGAACAAAGUGUAAGGAGAUUUUGCAAGAAGAAGAAGAUCUUUCAGAAAUUGUGCAGCUGGUCGGCAAAGCGUCCCUUGCAGAAAGCGACAAAAUCACUCUGGAAGUGGCCAAACUCAUCAAAGAUGAUUUCCUGCAGCAAAACGGCUACACUCCAUACGAUCGCUUCUGUCCAUUUUACAAAACUGUCGGAAUGCUCAAGAACAUGAUUGCCUUCUACGAUUUGGCCCGGCACGCAGUAGAAAGCACUGCCCAAACGGAAAACAAGGUGACUUGGGCAGUUAUCAGGGAUCACUUGGGUGAUCUCAUGUAUCAGUUAUCGUCCAUGAAGUUCAAAGAUCCGGUGAAGGAUGGUGAAGAAAAAAUCAAAAAGGAUUACGAUGAACUUCUUGAAGCUUUGAAUACAGGGUUCAGAAACCUUGAGCUCGACUAG